AUGGGCGAGGCCACCGCAUGGUUGGAUGAUCAUCCGGCCGGGUCUAUUACUACUUGGGCAAAAUUGACUCAAGCGUUCCUCAAGAAGUUUUUCACUCCUUCCCAGAUAUUACAACUCCGUGAAAAAAUCAACAACUUUCGUCAACUUCCCCUUGAGGCCCUACACGAGGCUUGGAAUCAUUUUAAAAAGAAAGUUAAAAGUUGCCCAAAGCACGGAUUUCUCGAUAGCGCUCUUUUUCAAACAUUCUAUCGGUCACUUGAUUCAGUCAACAAAUCGGUGGCAAAUAAUAUUGUAGGUGGGUCCGUGAUGAAAAAUUCUUAUGCAGUAGUGAGUGCCCUCCUAGAUAAAUUGAUUGAGACCAACGAAACUUGGGACACUAGGAAGUCGAAAGUAGUUGAAGGAGGUCCUUCCAAAAGAGUAUUAUCUCGAGAGGCAAUCAAGAAGGAAGAAGAGAGAGAUGAGAGCAUGGCAAAGUUGGUUGCUCAAAUGGAUCUUCUCACAAAACAUGUGUUGGGUGGAGGCUCUAAGUGGGUUAAUGUGGUAGGAUCUUAUGAAGAGGAUUCUCUAGAUGAGCAAUGCUUCCAAGUGUGUAAGGAGGAGGCCAACUUUAUAAACAAUCAAAUGGGGGGUUCCCGUCCAAACUACCAAGGUCCUAAUCAAGUAUCUUGGAGGCCAAAUCAAGGGAAUCAAGGUUGGAACAAAGAUCAUGGGAAUUCUCAUGGCGGGACAACAAUCAAAGUGGUUACAACAACAGCCAAGGUGGUUACGACCACAACUACAACAACCACCGGAGCUUAA